AUGUCAAGUAGCGACUCGGGGACAACCGACUUCAGUUCGUCUUACGGAUCACAACCCCCACGAGCAAGUUCGAGUUAUAGUUCUGACCGUCUUAUGGGUAAAGCACGAAGUAGUAUAACCCCACAAGAACUCUCAACGAUGUUUACGGGCUUUUUUGUUGUUGAAUUUGACUUAGAAGACGGAGAAGUCAUUAUAUAUAGUAAAUUGAGUAAACCACUGAAUGAAAAGGUCGAGAAAGAACUUGCUCGAGUAUUAAUGGGGUGUGACUACUCUGCUGAUGCUAAUGCGCCGAUGUCUCCCGACGAACCACCGAAAGAGAAACAAAACCUUAUUUUAACGCACUCUAUAAUGGACUUCCAUUGCAUAUCUGUGCACUUCUCUGUAUUCAACCCAAGUAACAAAAGAGGAUACGUCUCAACUGUGUGUAUUUCAAUGCUCCAAUCGAGACAAUUCUCAUGCCAACAAGCCAAAUUUGUGAAAGAACAACUCCAGUUGUGCUCGAAAAGGUUUCAGGAUGUUUGCGAUAAGUAUUGGAGAGGCACGCAAAUGACGUUCCAGUCACCAAUGACAUUCAGCGAAUUGGUGAAUGACGCGAUUGGCAAUGAAAAGGGUGCGGAGAACAUCUUCGAGUCAUUAACAGAAACACUUAAAUCGUCGCACAACAACACGUCGUAUGAUAGUUACUUCAUUAACAUGACUUCUUUUUCAAACGUGUUAACACUCGGCAAUUUCGCGCUGUGUAACAGCAGCUUUUCGAAACCGCAACCAAGAGAAUUUCCAAUGCAAACGAUCUUUCCGUUAUAUCAACCCUCGAUGCGAAUGAACAUCUCGCCGAAGUUUGGGUUUUCAAAUUUGGUGAGUGAGAUAUCAGCAAAGGUGGUUCCGCACUUGUUGUUCAACUUGUUAGUUGGGUGUAAAGUGGUGUUGUUCCAGUCCAAGAAACUUUAUGACGCACACAAGCUGCAAGAAAUAGCGAUCUUCUUGUCUUCAUUAUGUAUCGGUGGUGUGACAUCCUCACAUUAUGUCCCCGAGUUGAACGACACAACGUCUGGACAAGGCCAAAUAGUUGUGAUCACUGCGAACACGUACGAAGGGAAUGAAGUUGUGUUUGACUUGGCUAAAGGUAUUAAAGGACUUUAUUAUGAAGGAAAAGGCAUAUUGGAUGGGUUUGUGAUAUAUAUGAAAGAAGGUGGGAAGUGUCUUGAAGAGCGGUAUUGGAACGUUGUGUUGGAUUACUGGGGACUUGCGGUGCGGGUGAUGGCGGGAGAAGACGUCUCAACCUCACAGGAUAAACUUGUUGUAGAAAACUUCUUCCGCCGCAUUGAAACGGAAAAGGAGGCGAUCAAAACGGGAAGAGUCAUUCAUAAGAUGCCCGUCUUCCCUUCUUCGUUGUAUAAAUUCGUUUCGAAAUAG